AGCAAGAUGGCGUCUGACGGUGAAGACGUUAUUGCAGUCGUCACAGUUCAGUGUUCUUAAUCUGUGCGUCCAUGUACACAUAUAUGUCCUUUAUUAGACUCUAUUAAAUAGAGUAAACAUCGUUAAUAACUGUUUGCAUCCGGUUAUAUUAGUCUGAGCGCACUUUGAUGCUUUUCGAACUAGCUUAGCUUGCUAGUUAGCUUAGCUUGUUAGCUGCUAACAAAGAGAGGCGGAAGUGAUCAAAACACAUCGCUAAGCAGAGAUCAAGUGUGAGUGUAAAGUGUUGUGAUUGUGUGAAAAUGUGCGAAAGAACGAUAGCAGAGUACGAGGAGGAACUUUGUCCAACAAAAGAGGAGAAGGAGCGACAACAUCAAAAACAUCAAGUUGUGUUACACAGAACAGACAUCCAUCAGCUGAUUGGACACCAAGAAGAAUGUCUCCCUCAUCUGCAGGGGGACAGUUUCACUUCAGAGUAUCCACAGCCCUCACAUUUUAAAGGGGACGAGGGGGAUCCACAGCCCCCCUAUUUUAAAGAGGAAGAGGAGGGAGAGUGUCCUGUAGAGCAGGAGGAGGCUGAUCUCACCAAGUUUCCACUGACUGUUGUCUCUGUGAAGACUGAAGAGCAUGAAGACAAACCACCUGAGUCCUCACAGCUUCAUCACAGUCCAAAGGUCUGUGAAGAACAUCUUCACCCUGAGCAACAGAAGUGGAGCUUCAGGAUGCGGACGGAGGAGCCACAGCCCUCCCACAUUAAGAAGGAAGAGGAAUACCCACUGAUCCCCCAUUUUAAAGAGGAAGAGGAGGACCCACUGACACCCCAUUUUAAAGAGGAAGCAGUGGAUCCACUGAGCCCUCACAUUAAGGAUGAAGAGGAGGAUCCACUGACCCCUCACAUUAAAGAGGAAGAGGAGGAACACAGCAUCAGUCAGCAGGGAGAGCAUCUUGAAGGACUGGAGGAGGUUGAUGUCACCAAGAUGCCAGUGACUGGUGUCCCUGUGAAGAGUGAAGGUGAUGAGGUCAAAGGUGAGAGUGAGGAGAAUAAAGAGGCGGAGCUUCCAUGCAGCAGCUCAACUCAACACAUGACAACAGAAGCUGAUGGAGACCACUGUGGAGGAUCACAAGCAGACAAGCUCUUAGCUCCACUAUCAGAUAGUGAGGACACAACGUCACACUCUCCUGACACUGAUGAUGAACACUCUAAAGAUGAUAAGACAUGUCACACUGACAACACACACUUCACAUGUUCUCACUGCGACAAAACCUUUAAAUCUAGUAAUUUGAAAAGACACAUGAGAACACACACUGGAGAAAAACCUUUUUCAUGUUCAAUCUGCGGUAAAGAUUUUACUCAUAGGCACGAUUUGAAAAUACACAUGAGAAUACACACUGGAGAAAAACCUUUUUCCUGCACAGAAUGUGGUAAAAGUUUUGUAAGAAAUCAAAGUUUAAAAGCACACAUAAGAACACACACUGGAGAAAAACCUUUUUCAUGUUCAGAAUGCGGUAAAGAUUUUACUCAUAGGCAACAUUUGAAAAUACACAUGAGAAUACACACUGGAGAAAACCCUUUUUCCUGCUCAGAAUGUGGUAAAAGUUUUGUAAGAAAUCUAAGUUUAAAAGAACACAUGAGAACACACACUGGAGAAAAACCUUUUUUAUGUUCAAUCUGCGGUAAAGAUUUUACUCAUAGUCAACAUUUGAAAAGACACAUGAGAACACACACUGGAGAAAAACCUUUUUCAUGUUCAACCUGCAGUAAAGAUUUUACUCAAAAGCACCAUUUCAAAGCACACAUGAGAAUACACACUGGAGAACAACCCUUUUCAUGUUCAAUCUGCGGUAAAGAUUUUACUAGAAGGGACCAUUUCAAAAAACACAUGAGAACACACACUGGAGAACAACCUUUUUCAUGUUCAAUCUGCGGUAAAGAUUUUACUCGAAGGGACCAUUUCAAAAAACACAUGAGUACACACACUGGAGAAAAACCUUUUUCAUGUUCAGUAUGUUGUAAAAGUUUUAUACAAAGACAGCAUUUGAAAAGACACAUGAUAACACACACAGGAGAAAAACCUUAUUCAUGUUCAAUCUGCAGUAAAGAUUUUACUCAAAAGCACCAUUUCAAAGCACACAUGAAAACACACACUGGAGAAAAACCUUAAAUAUGUUCAGUAUGUUGUAAAAGUUUUAUACAAAGUCCGCAUUUCAAAAGACACAUGAUAACACACACAAGAGAGAAAGUGUUGAGUUGCAGUGUGUGUGGUGAAAGAUUCUCUUCUAAGUACCAGUGUGAGAAACACAAGUGUGCUGGUGAGAACAGCAGCAGCAAAUGAAGAUGCAGGAUUUGAAAUAAACUGUCAAAACUUUAACUUUGACCUUCGCAUAGAUUCUAACAUUUAUAGAUUAGAUAGUUUAGAUUAUUGUUUUUUUUCAGUCAAGUACAUGUUUUAAUAUACACUAUUGUGUACUUUUAUUUACAAAUUAACACAACACUUUGACUGUAAAGGUGAGAAUAAACAUGAUACAAAUCGUUUUUUAUGUGUACAGAGAUAUUCAGAAAUAUUUUUUAAUUUUCAAUGAUGUUAUAGAUGAACUCCUUUAUAUGAUGUACAUAUGUGUUUUACAUUUGUUUAUACUUUUGAUUUUGAAUACACAUCAUCCCUCUUAGUUCAUAUUUACUGGUUUACAUCUGAAACAUCUUCUGGACCACUUCUGGAAGCAUAUUAUUAUUUACUUUAUACAUCAUUUGAGCAGUUGUGUUUUAUACGAGAUCAUUUACUUUUAAAAUGUGUGACUUUAUGAAUCAUUGGUUGGGUCUCAAUAAUCCAUUCUAUUAAUUAUCUUUAUUACUCUCUUUUGUAAUAUGAAUAUGGUUUUAUAUGUAUGUCCACUUUAUGCAAUAUGUAGAUUAGAGAAAAUGGCAACAUUAAAUGUGGAAAGUUAUGAAGGAUAGUUUUGUUUUUAAUCUACAUUUCUAAUUAAAAAACUACACA